GUUAUAAAACUUUUAUAUUUUUUUCUUCCUCUUUCAUGUUGCGUCAAAGUCUGUUUUCUAUAGUAAGCGCAAAGAAUCUCGGUAGAAUAACUCAGCCUUGUCGACACUAUACAAGCGAGAAUGCUAUCUUAACAGACAUCAACAAACAAAUGUUUCGUGUGCUUGAUAAAGCAGCAUCAGCCAACCUUGGCAGUCGAGCGACCCUCACACGUAUUCUACGUCUAGCCAAAGAACUCAAGGAAAAUAAUGUCAAGUUUGAUGCAGAUACAUAUGAACAUAUUUUAUCUGCCUAUGCGAAAGCCAAUGAACCAAGCCAAGCCCUUAUUCUUUAUAAGCAAAUGUCAGCACAAGGUAUCAAACCCACUAGGAAUUUUUACCACAAAGCGUUGCUUGUAAGUACCACUCUAUCACGCAUACACAUAGGUGCUCAUGCAUGAUUAGUUUGCUGCUAGAAAUGGUGAUUCUGCUUUACAAGCCAAAAUGUUGCAUUAUAUGGAACAAUCCAACUAUCCAAAGACGACCAAAACAUAUUAUUGUAUGUUUCUUUGUAUGCGAGAAACACUUGAACUAGAGCACGCUCUUGAUACAAUCGACAUCAUGAAGCGUGAUAAUAUUAAGAUGAACCUUCAUAGUUAUGCUACUGUGAUUGAUAUGGCAGUUCAUUUAAACGAAGUUGAAAUUGCACAUCAAUUGCUUAAAGAAGCCGAGAAGCUAAAUGAAUUUGGUCAGCAAGCAGGAAUACUGUAUACAAGUGUAUUGCAAUUAGCUGCUUUCAAUGGCCAUGUAAGAAACCAAGAGCAUUGUUGGAAUGUGUCGACUGACACUUUAUCUAGUAUACUAUUGUCAAAGACAU